AUGAUCCCACCCUCAUGGUCAUUCGCCGUAUGGGGUGUGGACAUCCAGAGACCAUUUCCCAAAGCCGUCGGCGGGUACCGGUUCCUCUACAUCGCCAUCGACAAAUUCACGAAGUGGCUGGAAGUUACCCCUGUGGUGAACAUCACCAAGGGAACUGCUGUAGCAUUCCUCAAGUCCAUUGUGUGCCGCUUCGGAGUCCCAAACCUCAUCAUCGCGGACAACGGGACCCAGUUCAAAAGCCGGCUCUUUCAGGGGUACUGCAAGGACAUUGGCAUCCAGCUCUGCUUUGCGUCCGUAGUGCACCCCCGAAACAAUGGUCAAGUUGAGAGAGCGAAUACAGAAAUCCUCAGAGGGCUCAAAACUCGCACCUACAACUCAGUAAAGAAGCAUGGUGCGAAGUGGGUCGAGGAGCUUCCUUCCCAGCGGAUCUUGGUGAAGGGGGAUUCCCAGCGGAUCAUCAAGCGGGUCCGAGGGGAGUGCAGUUGCAACAACCCCCAGCUCGCGGUAUACCUCAUCCAUGUGAGGAUGUUCGAGAAGGACUUCGACGCCUUGGAACUGUAA